AUGAAGGAGAUUCAGUACCUCAUGAACAAAUUCUGUCAGCUGUCCGAUAUGACAAUCAAUUGGGGUAAAAAAACGGUUUCCAGAGAUAUCCACGACCGACUGGUGAUGCUCUAUGGAGGGACUGAGAGACGGCUUUACGAGGAUGGGGGCAUCAACACACCUGGAAAGUUUGGUGGAAGCCAAUCGGGAAUGUACGCAGGUGAUGGCAUGAGCAGAUACCGUGCAAGUCGAUCAGGGAUUUACAUGAAUAACGACAUGAGCGGAUAUGGCGAGUACCGUGCAAGUCGAUCGGGGAUGUACAUGAAUUAUAACGACAUGAGMAAAUAUGGCACAUAUGGUGCAACUCAAUCRGGGAGCUAUGGGAGUGGUGCCAUGAACUACUCCCCCUGGAAUUUCCCAACAACCUUUUAUGGAGGAACUCGAGGACCCAAUCUACAAAAUCAGGGACCCUAUGUUGGUUAUGCUGAGACUGGAGCAACCACAAUGACUGCSGGUGCUCAGACUGUGUGGCUUGGUGCCAGCACAAUACCUYCCUUUAGCCAUGCUCCAGGCAUGCAAGAACGUUUCCCUGGAAUUCCAUCUCCAAGUGCCCUUGACGGCGGUUACUUUGAAGAAAGCUACUCGAUCCCCUGCUUUAAAGUCUACGUAAUUCCUGAAAAUCCCUAUUCCGUCCAAACGUAUUCAGGACUUCGUGGGGCCGGGAGAGUGGGCCCGCCAGAGCGGGAAGGCUAUGUUUUUGAAUAUAAUUAUGAUAUGUCAUCCAGGUACAGAGGGKUUCGCUAUCGGAAAGUUUUGGCUUCUUAUUUUCAAGCCGCACCUGGCUAUUACCCAGGGUACCCUCUCGCAAAUCUCUCUCUAAGAGGGGGGUCAGGGUCUGUCCCCUACCAACAACAGUACUUUCCUCAACGACCAGGUGGAUACUACCCUGGUAUGGUGGGCAGGGGGGGUACUUACAGACCUGGUCCAUUUGAUUACAAUGCUGGGCCUGGGCAGGGGGGGUACUUACAGACCUGGUCCAUUUGAUUACAAUGCUGGGCCUUAUAGUUUCCCACCAUUCCAACGUCAGAGACCUUGCACAGACUMCUAUAAYYGCAACUUUGAAGGAGACUUACAUGACUAUGGCACAUCUAGUAGGGUUUCAAACCCCAACUUACGCCCUUAUAUCGUUGCAGGAAGCACAAGCAGCAGCGGGUACUACAUGGGAGCCCCCUCCCAGACGUCUUAUUACAGCCCCACAGGAUAUUUGUACUCUCCGCAGAGAGGCUCUUCAACACCACUUGGGCCAGGCUAUUACAGUGGGUACUACUCAGGUAGACAGAACAGUUAUCGUCAGCAAACGCCUGCAGCCCGUGAUGAGUCCGCUUAUGAUUAUUAUGAUGGCGUAGGAGGAACCUAGUAAAGGAAACACUUGAGGGGCACAUAGCAGGCAAGCGCCACAGGGCCCAAGAAGAAGAGCUACGGCACCCAUAGAGAUUUCUGGUACCUGGAAGGUMCAAAACCUUGCUGGUAUGAUCAUUAUGACUGCACAGAUAGUUCCRGGGCUCCCAUGACACCCAGAUGACGGGUUUAAGGUGCAGUCCCAGGGUCGGCAGCKUCUGCCUGCUGGGUGGGUCCUCACAAUUUGACAGGGGUGAGGUGACUUUCUAACUGCACAGCGGCCCACGAGUUACAUACAAGGUGGUUUUGUCCAGUCUAGUGUUCKAUGGGCAGUUAAUCCCCUCAGGAGAGGGUAAUCAAUGUUGUGCGUCACCUGUUGUUUGCAAUGGGCUCCUGUUCUGUAUUUGGGACGGUGGACCCAGUUUCCAGCUGGUGCCGCUCCCCACCAAUAGAUCUGAGCCACCUAUGACUGAAAAAAAAGAACAAAAAGAAACAGUCCCGAGUAAGGGAACCGGGCAACUCAUGCAGGACAAGCACCAUAGAAUCCUUCAAGGCUUCAACAAGAGCUAACAUGUAUAUUUCUGGGUAACCAAAGGUCCAGAACCCCCUCUUCGAACAGAUAUCGGUGGAGCACUUGACGCCUCUCGCAGAUGCUUUGGAGGCUAAAAUCAUUUUUUCAAGCGUUCUAAGGUGGAUCAUGUUAUUCAUAUAUGAUGCGAUCAAGGCUUAGCAGUUUGAGUCCUGAUAAGUUUCUGGAUGGGUUCAGUGAAGCACAACUGGUAUCAUUCCAGAACAGGGUAUAGUUAUCUUCGAAGUAUUCUAGUAGUAUCUUCAUGAUUUGUUUGUGUUUCUCAGCCGAAGCCGGGUAAUGGCCCCGCUAUCUCAAGUUUUCUGUACAAAAUUCAUAURGGACACUGGGCCCGGUUCCCAGCAGGUGCUGCUCCCCACUAAUAGAUUGGAGCCUGGUGUUUGGGAAAAAAACAAAACUUUAAGUAGUUUUCCAUGCAUUACGUACACUGCAAUAGUAUGGUGAUCUUCGGAAAAGCUGUACAAUUGGUCCAUUCAUAUAGUUCAGUGGGAAUCAAAGAGGAUCCUGCAGUGGGGUGUUUAAUUGACAACCUAGCACCGUCUACCCCCAAACAGAACGCCGGGUCAUCAUUUAACUGUCAUUAUAUGUUUCGGUAAACUUCCCGUCUAGACACAGCCAUAAUGACAGGACGUUCAAUGUGGUGGAAGCAGAUAGGACCAAUUGAAUACCAGUUGUAACAGAAGUUCAAUAAUCAAUAGAUCAUGACAUAUCAUAUACAGUUAUUUCUCUUGAUUUCAAAAAACGUGUUGAGGACCUGCACAGUCAAUCCCCUGCCUUCCAGCAUAAUCAAUGCUGGCAGGGUCU